GCUCGAGUCAGUCGCUCGCCGGGCCCAGUCGGUGCUAUACGUGUCCGUGUGUAUCGUCGAGAAUCGCGUUUUCCCGUCACGAACUCAGAGAAAGGAGAGAGAGAGAAAGAGGAACGCGUCGCUUCAUUCGGUCCGUACAUGUGUGCGCGCGUCUCUCUCUCUCUCUUCCUCGUCCAAAUUCCAGUGCGCGCCUCUUCUCCGCCCGCCUCGUCCUUGAGGAGGAAAAACAAAAACAAGGGAAAAAGAGGAGCAGGAGACAAAGGAGCGAUCUCACUCUCCGGGCGCGCGAGAAGAGGCGAUCGUCGAUCUCUUUGACCGAAUCGGCGCGUCGUUUCCACGCGCAGCUUCGGGCCUCCGGCGCCGGAUCAGGGGCCCGAAUCUCGGCCGAGGUACAGUCGUUGGUGAUAGUUGCAGCGUCGACAACGAGCCUCGAGACCUCUCCCUUCGAAGGGCAGGAAACCGUCGUGCGCCACGAAUAGAAGAUUAAACGAAAAUGGCGGUGUUCGGUUUAGUCUCGGCGGUCGCCGGAUUUGUCAAAGUGCGGUAUCUGAUUGACAAGGCCAUCAUCGACAACAUGGUUUUCAGGAUGCAUUACAGGAUCACGUCGGCCAUUCUGUUUCUCUGUUGCAUCAUCGUCACCGCCAAUAACUUGAUAGGUGAUCCUAUCAACUGCAUAUCGGAACUUGCCGGUGCCGGCCACGUGAUCAACACUUUCUGCUGGAUUACGUACACGUUCACGCUACCGGCAAAUAAUGCGAAAGCCGUGUCCACCCACGUGGCUCAUCCGGGUCUGGGUAUCGAUGAAGGCGAGAAGAGGUAUCACUCGUACUAUCAGUGGGUGCCGUUCAUGCUGUUCUUCCAAGGUGUGCUCUUUUAUAUACCGCAUUGGAUGUGGAAACAGUGGGAAGAGGGUAAGAUCAGAAUAAUAUCCGAGGGCAUGAGAGGUUCCAUGGUCGAGCCCAAGCAGGAACGACAGGCUAAAGUCGAAAGACUGGUCCAGUAUCUCGUCGAAACCCUACAUCUACACAACAGUUAUGCUGCAGCAUACUUUUUCUGCGAGGCCCUUAAUUUUGUCAAUACCGUCGGUAACAUCUUCUUCGUGGACGCCUUUCUGGGGGGCGCUUUCCUUACAUAUGGCACAGAAGUACUCAGGUUCAGCAACAUGAAUCAGGAGCAACGUACCGAUCCGAUGAUUCAGGUGUUCCCACGCAUUACCAAGUGCACCUUCCACAAGUUCGGUGCUUCUGGCACGAUACAGAAGUUGGACGCGCUCUGCGUGCUAGCGCUUAAUAUUCUCAAUGAGAAGAUCUACAUCUUCCUGUGGUUCUGGUUUAUCAUUCUAGCACUCAUGUCCGGCUUGGCUGUGUUGUACAGCAUGGCUAUAGUGUUGAUGCCUAGUACGCGCGAGACGAUUCUCAAAAAGCGCUUCAAGUUCGGCACAUCAGAUACGGUUAACGCGCUCAUCCGAAAGACUCAGGUAGGCGACUUCCUAAUGCUCCAUCUGUUAGGCCAGAACAUGAAUCUCAUGAUGUUCAACGAAACAUUAGAGGAGUUGUGCCGCCGCUUGCAAUUUGGCAGCGGCAGCGGCGCAUCGCCGACGUCGGUGCCAUCGGCGCCCAGCACCCUCGAGAUGUCGCCGAUAUACCCGGAGAUCGAGAAAUACGCCAAGGACACUGAGAUCUAAAUACAAGAGGCCUCAUCGAGUCGAUUUUUUUUCCACCGCCCCUCCCCACUUCUAUUUCUGUUCGUAUUGUGAUAAUACCGAGGGUGGUACCUGUACACCACCGUUAUCUCGGUGCCAAUAAAGAGAUAGGUUCGUGCCGCGCUGUCGAGUAUCUUACCGUGCUCGUAAAAUGUGUAAUGGAACCUCUCCUCGACGUUUCUUUCCGCUGUCCGUCGAGAUUCGUGUUCGACGCGAUCUUACUAUUACGUGACGCUCGUAAACUCCAAGCAAUGUUAGACAGCCUGUGGUCCUUGUCUUCUCUCGACGGAAACUUCGCUCAUUACCGCACGCUCGUAAAGCACGAGUCGGUUUCUGACGUUUAUACCUGACGAAUCUUCCAAUCUGUACUGGAGAUUAUUGCGACAUGUGCUCUCUGAUCUUCUCUUUUUCUCUAUUCGAUUAUAUUUCUCACAAUCUUAUUAAAUCAAAUCAUUGAAUUUUAUUUGUAAAAGUUUCAGCAUCAUUUGCAAUGUAAAAUAUACGAGCUCAGUUCGUCGCAGUUUCCUGAUUAUCGACGCAUCUGUCCAAUGAGAUCAUUAUGAGGUUUUUAUUUCAGGCUGUUAUUGCUGUUACGUAUUCAUAUAAACUGAGUUUGAAAAACAGUUUGAGAAACAGCGUGAAGCAACCUCUUUAUGUAUCCAAUGGUCAUUACGAGAGAUUUUCAUGUACCACAAAACCGAAGUUAAGACACAUAAAACCGCGCCUUCUUCCCCCAUUAUCUCUAUUUUCUUAAAACAUUUUCAUUUGAAUAAUGCGGUGAAGCAUUAGAACGAGCAUUCCCACGCGGUACGUCGAUAGGAGGAACGAAUGGAAGAUAUGCUGGUAUCUUAUAUCGAUCGCGACGGCACGAACCGUUAUUAGAUUAUCGAAUAUAUAAUGUAACGAUGUAAUGCGCGAUGCUUUUGGGUUGAUAAGACAUUUGCACUGUGACUGUUUAUAAUCAUUAAGUCGCAACAGAUGCCUGACGUGAGAAACUUUCUUUGUUGUAAGAUCGAAUCACUUUAAUUAUUAAUCGUUCAUUCCAGAUCAGUGCCAAUAUAUUUGACGGUAACUUAAGGAAGGUAUAACACACGUGGAACGCGUAGAAUUGAUAGUGAUGUUCUUUAAACUUUUGUUCACAUCACGAAUGUAAUAUUUCUCUUACUUAUCUUAGAUCAUCGAGGAGAAAAAAAAGCAAGCUAGCAUCGAAGCUACGAUACACUGCUAUAUAUUACUUUUGUUCGAUACUUGCUUUUGCGAUACGUAACAAACGCUCUGCCGAUUGCUUACAAUAGGGAAGUGCGGCAAUAUAUAUAUAUUUUUUUUUUUCACGAAAUAACAUAGAUUCGUCACGUGACGAAAAAUGUGCGCUAUCGAUCUCGAUACAUCGCAUAGAAAUUUAAAAACAUAUAUUCUGCUCAACAACGAAUCCUUCAAUUACAUGUAUGAAUACUUGCACACGAAUGAUUCGGAAAUUAAUUUAGAAAAUUUAUUAAUAGGAGAGCGAUUUAUAUUAAUAUUAGAGCGAAUACACGCGAAUCCCGCGUAUCAAACAAAACAUUAUCGCGCAAUUAUUAAUUACGAAGACAUUAUGAGAAUACCACGCAUUAGUUGAGAUAGCAUAUAUAAAACCAGUGCACUGCCUAGUAAUUAACAGAGAUAUAAAAUAAUACAAUUAUAGUGUAGCAAAUAGAAGAAACGGACAUUUACACAUGUCUCGUUCUUCUUUCUUUUUUCAAUUUUUUAUAAGUAUUUCCGCGCGACUGCGAUAUAAUGAUUAUAGUGUGAAUUAAAAUUAGUAGUGCUUGAUUGAAGAAAAGAAAGGAUAGAAAAUAAUGCGACAUUCAUGCGAUCGCAUUCAAUAUAGAAGAUCGCCAUUUAAUUAAGUAAAUGGAUUAAAAUUACGGU